GCUGAGAGAGGCUGGGCCCCAGGGAGCUCAGCCCGGCAGCCGCCUUGGGGCCAGACCCGAGUUAAAGGAAGGGAAGUAAAGGAAAGCUAGAGAUAAAAUAAGCCAACGGAAACCUCAGACAUUAAAAAAGAGAGGGGGGGGGAAGAGCAGCUUUAAAAACCACUCUUUGUAAUUUUUAUGCGUCUGGACCGACUUCCGGAAUUGCUGUGAGACCUUUGGUGGCGUGGUCAUGAGGUCUUAGGCCGCUGUUUGGGGACCAUGGUGUUGCCUUCGCGAUUACACUGGAUCAGAAACAGGCCAUGGAGGGACAGGAUCCGGAGGCGGCGGCUCCACAGACUGCCAACCAGACUCCCAGAAAUCAUGCUGGUGGGAUCCCAGUCCUUCUCUCCUGGUGGGCCCAACGGCAUCAUCCGGAGCCAGUCCUUCGCAGGUUUUAGUGGGCUGCAGGAAAGGCGAUCCAGGUGUAACUCCUUCAUUGAAAAUGCCUCCGCUCUCAAGAAGCCUCAGGCCAAGCUGAAGAAAAUGCAUAAUCUAGGACACAAAAAUAACAACACUCCCAAGGAGCCUCAGCCGAAGAGAGUGGAAGAGGUCUACCGGGCCUUGAAAAACGGGCUUGAUGAGUACCUGGAGUGUCACCAGACGGAGCUGGACAAGUUGACUGCUCAAUUAAAAGAUAUGAAGAGAAACUCUCGCCUGGGUGUGCUGUAUGACCUAGACAAGCAAAUUAAAACGAUUGAGAGAUACAUGCGACGCCUGGAGUUUCACAUUAGUAAGGUAGAUGAGCUCUAUGAAGCCUAUUGUAUCCAACGGCGUCUCCAAGACGGUGCCAGCAAAAUGAAGCAAGCCUUUUCGACAUCCCCUGCCAGCAAGGCUGCCCGGGAGAGUCUGUCUGAGAUCAACCGCAGUUACAAGGAGUACACAGAGAACAUGUGCGCCAUUGAAGCGGAGUUGGAAAGUCUGCUGGGAGAAUUCUCCAUCAAGAUGAAAGGUCUGGCCGGCUUUGCCCGCCUCUGUCCUGGAGAUCAAUAUGAAAUUUUCAUGAAGUAUGGCAGGCAGAGGUGGAAACUGAAGGGCAAAAUAGAAGUGAACGGCAAACAGAGCUGGGAUGGAGAAGAAACCGUCUUCCUGCCCCUCAUAGUUGGGUUCAUUUCAAUCAAGGUCACAGAACUCAAAGGCCUGGCGACUCACAUCCUAGUAGGCAGUGUGACCUGCGAGACCAAAGAGCUGUUUGCAGCCCGACCCCAGGUGGUGGCUGUCGACAUCAAUGACCUUGGUACCAUCAAACUGAACCUGGAAAUCACCUGGUAUCCCUUUGACGUGGAGGACACAACCCCAUCAUCAGGCCCUGGAAACAAGACAGCUGCUCUCCAGCGGAGGAUGUCCAUGUACAGCCAGGGCACCCCAGAAACACCUACCUUCAAAGACCAGUCCUUCUUUAGAUGGUUGCGGCUGUCUGUCUUGAGUGCCUUGCGAGACACUUUCUUUGCCACGUUGCACCACAACCACUCUGUCGGUGACCUGCCUUCCCUCAGCCUGAACCCCAAGGCCCUGCUAGAAUUCUAUUCAAAUCUGCCAGAUGACAUCUUUGAGAGUGGAAAGGCUGCAGAGGAGAAAAGGCCACUGUCCCUCAGCUUCAGCGACUUGCAGGAUGGCGACUGUGUCUUCACCUCCAGCUCAGCCACUUCUCCCUCCAGUUCACACUCCGCCCAUCCAGAGAUCACCAUCACCCCGGCCGAGCUUACCCACAGCAGCCAGUCCUCACAAAACGAGGGCACCGAGGACAGCAGUUCUGCCUCUUCCAGGAAUUCCUUGGGUGAGGACCAGGAGCCAAAGUCCCACCCAAAGAGUGAUCCGGUAGAGCCCAGGAAGCCCGGGGUGGCUGCGAGGUCCGGUUCUGAGAGCCUUUUUCUGGAGAAUGGUGUUGCCGAGGCUCUCCUGCAGGAAUCGGAUGAGGCCUCUGAGCUCAAGCCCGUGGAGCUGGACACUUUUGAAGGAAACAUCACAAAGCAGCUAGUGAAGAGGCUUACCUCGGCUGAGGGGCCCGUCGCUACCGACAAGCUUUUCUUCGAAGGCUCUGUUGGUAGCGAGUCUGAGGCUGGCCGGUCCUUUCUCGAUGGCAGCCUAGAAGACGCCUUCAAUGGACUCUUCCUCGCAUUAGAUCCACACAAGGAACAGUACAAAGAGUUCCAGGAUCUGAACCAAGAAGUCACACACUUGGAUGAUGUUCUCAAAUGCAAGCCGGCUGGCAGCCGCAGCAGGUCUUCCAGCCUAAGUCUGACGGUUGAGAGUGCUUUAGAAAGCUUUGAUUUCCUCAACACCUCUGACUUUGAUGAAGAGGAAGAGGAUGGUGAUGAAGUCUGCCACGCUGGGGGAGGAGCGGACUCCGUGUUUUCAGAUACUGAGACAGAGAAGAGUAGUUACAGGUCAGUUCACCCGGAAGCCAGGGGCCACCUUAGCGAAGCUCUCACUGAAGACACGGGCGUAGGGACCAGUGUGGCAGGAAGCCCGCUUCCACUCACCACAGGAAAUGAGAGCCUGGACAUCACCAUCGUCAAACAUCUUCAAUACUGCACCCAGCUCAUUCAGCAAAUCGUCUUCUCUAGCAAAACCCCCUUUGUGGCAAGAAGUCUCUUGGGGAAGCUGUCGAGGCAGGUCCUUGUGAUGCAGAAGCUGGCAGCAGUGAGUGACGAGAACCUCGGGAACAUCACCUCUGUGGUUGAAGCCAUACCAGAAUUCCACAAAAAGCUGUCCUUGCUGUCCUUCUGGACCAAGUGCUGCAGCCCCACGGGGGUCUAUCACAGCUCCGCCACCCGCUUGAUCAAGCAGCUGGAGGCCAGCUUCGCAGGAAGCAUCAACAAAGACUAUCCAGGACUGGCAGAGCCAGUGUUUAGAACCCUGGUGUCCCAAAUCCUGGACCAAGCGGAACCUCUCCUUUCCUCCAGCCUGUCGUCAGAAGUCGUCACCGUCUUCCAGUAUUACAGCUUCUUUACCAGCCACGGUGUGAGUGACCUGGAGACCUACCUGGGCCAGCUAGCCAGGCAAGUUGCCAUGGCUCAGACUCUGCAGUCUCUGAGAGAUGAGAAACUGCGGCAGACGAUGAGUGACCUUGCACCCAGCAACCUCCCCGCUCAGCAGGAAGUCCUCAGGACGCUGGCUCUGCUGCUCACCAGGGAUGACAAUGAGCUCAGCGAGGCUGUGACACUCUACUUGGCAGCAGCCUCCAAAAAUGAGCACUUCAGAGAAAAGGCCUUGCUCUAUUACUGCGAAGCGCUAACGAAGACCAAUCUUCAGCUACAGAAGGCAGCAUGCCUGGCCCUAAAGAGCCUGGAGGCCACGGAAAGCAUUAAAAUGCUAGUGACAUUGUGUCAGUCUGACACCGAAGAAAUCAGAACCGUGGCCUCAGAAACCCUCCUGUCCCUUGGAGAAGACGGGCGACUGGCAUAUGAACAAUUAGACAAAUUCCCUCGAGAUUGUGUUAAAGUGGGAGGUCGUCAUGGAAUGGAAGUUGCCACAGCCUUUUGAAUUUCAUGUUAGCCCUGCCUGACUGCUAUCCCGAUGAUACCUGGCCCUUGUCUUCAAGAGGGUGCUGUGAUGUGGCCAGACAGCAGAGAGCUGCUGCCGCCGCCAAUAUGGAAAUCAAAAUGUCCAAUUGCACUGUACUGUCCACUUUUCCUUAGCCCACAGAACAGGGCUGUGUAUAAUUCACUGGACUGCAUCAUAGUUGUGACUGACAGCACUUCAAAGUCCAUCUUACCUUUCUGUAGAAUUUGAAAACAGCCAUCUUUACACCUGUGUGGAAGUUCAUCUGUAAGCCUAAACUCUUCAUGUGCUAUUUGGAUACCUAUUGUAAGCCUUGCCAUCUUUCUGCUGUGUUCUCAGGGUUGAGUGGCCCCUUAGUUACCAAAUUUUAUUUAAAAGACAAAGCACAAAAAGAACGUACCGCAAAUAAGUUUUCUUCCAGAGCCUGGUGAAAUGAUCAAUUAUAAGACGGUAAGUUUUGAAGCUGAGGAUGUGGCUCUGUGGGUAGAGUGCUUGCCUAGCAUGCAUGAGGCUUGGGUCCACCCCCAGCACUGCGUAAGCUGGGGAUGCUGCCCAUAGACACUCAGUGCUCAGAAGCAGAAGGGAGUAGGAUCAGUCCAAGGUCAUCUUCAGCUACCUAGGGAGUUCCCAGGGCAACCUGGGAUACAUGAAGUUGUGUGUGUGGGGUGGGGGGGAGCGGCGGGGUAAGGAAACCUAUGUUUUAUAUCUUAGUUUUUUUUUUAUACUUCCUACUAUUUGUUUCUAUUUCCAUCCUGAGAAUUCCCAUAUCAUCUAUCCAUGUGGUUUAAGAGAUAAACGGAAGAUUCGUGAAGAUUGUACCUAUACUGUUAAAGGCAAACAAAACCUCAAAGCUUAAGCUUUUGUUCUUUAACCAGAGCCCUCUUUAUCACACUCUUGGUUUUUUGUUGUUGUUUGGUUUCUGUUUUGUCUUGAAACAGAGUCUCCCUAUUGCAGUCCUGACCAGCCUGGAAUUCAAUAUACAGCCAGCCUGACCUUGGAUUUGCAAGAGUUCUCCAGCCUCUGCCUCCAGCGCUGGGGUUAUAGGCACAAAACACUAGGCCUGGUUCUACAUGUGUAAUUUUUCUUUUUUUUCUUUUUUUUUUUCCGCUAAGACAAAUACAUACCCCAAAGUUGUAGAUUCAGAAAGAUGUAUUGCUCUUUCAAGUGGGGGCCUGGACUUUGGAUGAAUCCUAACUGGAUAGAAUAUUGGGGUACUGAAAGUGGUUCCUGCAUCUAUAAAAUUGGUUUAUGAGGCAAGGAAGCAGGAGGCCCUGAGAGCUGGAAACUGCCCCCAAGUUUCCACAGCAGCUCAGUAACUCUCCAGGGCAGACAUUUAGUCUCUUACAAAGUGUGCGAGGGGUGAGGAUGCCAAGAUCACAACAACACAUGUGGGUGCAAUUUGAACUGUAUUCCGGAUGUGUUUGUAUAAAAUACCAAUUAGAUAUUACUUUCAAUAUUUACAUUUUAGCAAGACUUUUAAAAGGCUUCCUUUCAUUUUAAAGUGAAAAUUGUUUGCCAGGCUUCUGGCAACACAUCCUUUCAACUGUGAAGUUCCACUGUACAUAUUUGUAUAUUUGUAAACACUAUAUAUAUGCAUAUAUCCCUCCUUUUAAAGGUAUGUUGUACAGUUAGAGUAUGUAUAGGCUAUAGUCUUUGUUAAAUGACUCUUUUGUAGAAAGUAAAACCACAGCUAUCACAGGGCUUUUGUUUGGUUUAUUUGUGGAUUUGAAACAUUUUUGAAUAUGCAUGGAUAAUUAAUUCCACAUCUUUUGUAUUCACCUUUGUGUUUGAUUUUUGUUUGGGAAGUGCUUUUAGGUUUGUGGUAUUUGUAUUUAUCCCUCUUUCAAUCAUGUAAGUCAAAAUAAAAAUUAUUUUUAAUUACUA